AUGGUACUCGAAGCUACUAUGAUAGCCAUCGACAACUCAGAAUAUAUGAGGAAUGGGGAUUAUUUAACAUCCAGAUAUGAUGCCCAAUUAACUGCCACAGAAUUUAUUUUUCAAAAUAAAAUUAACUCAAAUCCAGAAAAUACAGUUGGGUUAUUAGCAUAUGGAGGUUCUGGACCUCAAGUAUUAAGUACUUUAACCACAGAUUUUGGUAAAAUAUUAUCGGGAGUACAUGAAACUAAAAUAUCUGGUGAAAAUAACUUUAGUAAUGGGAUACAAGUUGCAGCAUUAGCUUUGAAACAUCGUCAAAAUAAAGUACAACAACAAAGGAUAAUAAUAUUUGUGGGAUCACCUAUAAAGGAAUCCGAUAAAGACUUAGAAAAGCUAGCAAAAAAGAUGAAGAAAAACAAUGUUGCAAUUGACGUUGUAAAUUUUGGUGAGGAAUCAAUAAAUACAAAUAAACUAGAGAAGUUUCAUUCAAUGAUAAAUAAUCAUGAUAAUUCACAUUUAGUCACAAUACCUCCUGGUCCAAGAUUAUUAUAUGAAGUUAUAGCAUCGUCACCUAUCUUAAUGGAAGAAGGAGCUUUUGGCUCAGGAAAUGAUAUGGACUUUUUUGGUGGUUCUGGAGGAGUUGCUGGUGCUAGUGAUAUCAUUGAUCCAAAUAUGGACCCGGAUUUAGCGUUGGCAUUGAGGUUAUCUUUGGAGGAAGAGAAAGCAAGACAGGAAAGAGAGGCCAAUGAAAAAGCUGCACAAGAAGCUGGUAAUGCUGAAAACUUGGAACGAAUUAACGAAGAUAAGAUUGAAGAAGAUAAAAUUGAAGAAGAUAAAAAAGAUGAAGAUGAAAAAGAUGACAAAGAUGUAAAAAUGGAAGAAGCUAAAUAG